CACGGGGAGCACCUUACGUAUCUCCUGACGUCGCAGACCGGAAGCAGUUGUCUCCUUGUACAAGCAGCAGCAGUACCGUGCCAGUGUUGUGGCGAUUAAAACGCUAUAUUCCGGGCUGUUGCCCCUGUUUUUGAGCCUUUUGGGAAGUUCAUAAAGGCAUUGACACCAUGGCACCUCUGCUGCUGAAGCACCUGGCCUGUGCCCUGUCCCGCCAAGUGGUCCAGAUGAGCCGGUUUACCUUGAGCUCCUCGUCACCUGCAGCUGCUGCUUACAGAUGUGUCUCCAGCCUCGCUGCAGCUCCCGGCAGGCUGCUCCUGUCCUCAGCCAGAGUGAAGUCUGUCCAACCCCCGUCACCAGGAUCUUCUGCCCAGUGUGCAUCAUCCCUGCUGGGACAGUGUCAGCAUCUUCCCUGCGUCCAGCCCAGUGCAGGGAUGAAAACCAAGUCCGCCCUGAAAAGACGCUGCAAAGACUGUUUCAUUGUUCGGCGGAGAGGCCGUCUGUUUGUGUUCUGCAAGACAAAUCCGAGACACAAGCAGAGGCAGGGAUAACAUGCCGCCGGUUCUUGACACCGACGCUUUGAGAGUGUGGGAAUUUUUGAGUUUAUUGAACUGUAUGAGGAAAAUAAAGUGUUUGACUGCUCA